GUGGGCACGUUCCGUCUGACUGCGGACCGGCAGGCGCCGUCCUACCGCUAUUACCGCAUGAUCGAGAAUUACUCAUCCAAUCCACACCACUUCAACCGCACGCUACUGCAUCGCAGCUACUGCGUCAGCAGCCGCUGCUCCUCCACCAGCUCCAACGCCACUCAACGCUUCCUCAGCUGCGUGAGAGAGUAUGAGAAGGACCUGGGAAUGGAGAUCUCUCUCCAGUCUCACCACUGCGACAGAGGCAAAACUGCAGCGGGAACCACGUACAACGAUAAAGUAUUCAUCUGGGUCUUUCUACUUCUUUUAGCACUGAAUAUGCUUGGAACUCUGUAUGAUGUUGUUACGGAGGGGGAAAAUAAGUUGCUAUUGGCGUGGUCCAUACGGUCAAACUGGCAGGAAAUAACUUUUGCGCGUGAAGUCGUGAGCUCUCAGCGAAUGAAGCUAGCACCUAUACAAGGAUUGAGGAUGAUCAUGAUGAUUUUAGUCAUCAUCGUUCACGCGUUCAUAACCUCUCACCAUAUGUUUAUAUCCAACCCUGAUUAUAUUGAAAAGCUGGAAUAUCAACCCUCAAUGAUAUUUGCCAAAAACGGCGCUCCAAUAGUUCAGACGUUCGUUGUGCUGUCAACGUUCUUCAUGGCCUACAGUAUUCUAUCCAAAAAUAAGGACCUGAGUUACGGAAGUCUCCCUAAAAACACACUGCGCAGAAUGGCGAGAAUACUACCAGUUCAUCUUGUGGUGGUGGGGUUCGCGGCGACGUGGUGGCGCUACACCGGCGACGGGCCGCUGUGGCCGAACCUGGUGCUGCAGGAGAGCGACGUCUGCCGCCGCAAGUUCCUCUGGCACGCGCUGUUCCUGCACAACCUCGUCGACAACGACAACCACUGCUUGGUUCAAACCUGGUUUCUGGCUGUGGAUUUUCAAUUGCACAUCGUAGCAUCUCUCAUCUUGAUUACCCUGUCGAAGAUUACAUGGCGACCGGUGCCUACGUUGAGUGCCAUGUGCCUUCUAGCAUGUCUCGUAAACGGAAUACUUAUCUACUAUAAUCAGUGGGAGUCGUUCCUCGCAAUAAUUUUGCCAAAGAACAAUCGCGUGACCUUCACCAAUUCAGCGUCGUUCCGCGACUACUACCAGACCCCGUGGGGCAGCCUGCCCGCCUGUCUGAUGGGACUCAUCCUGGCGCACGUCUACAAUCACCUCAGAAAACAUAACAUCAACCUCAACAAUAAUAGGGUGUUCACGUGGUUAUAUCACGUGAUGCUGCCGCUAGUGGUGGCGUGGGCGGUGGCCGACGCCGUCCACUUCGGCCGGUCCUCGGUGCUCACCACCAACGCGUACAUAGAGCGGCCCGUCUACGCCUUCCUGUCUUGUGUCCUUAUACUAGGCAUCAUCAUCAACGCUGAGAGUAUGGUGUCUCGGUUGCUGGCGUGGCGCGGCUGGCACCUGCUGGCCAGCCUCAACCUGAGCGUGCUGGUGCUUCACUGGUGCGUCAACAAGACCCUAGUCGCCAACCGGCGCAGUCUCAUGGAGUUCAGCAUACGAAAGUCGGCGAUGGAGAUAUGCGCGACGGUGUUCUUCUCGUACGUGCUGGCGCUGCCCCUGACGCUGCUGGUGGAGUGGCCCGUGAUGAGGACCAUCUCCCUGCUGGUGUAGCUCCAACCCGCACUGAAAAGACUCACAGCCUGUUCCGCGAUCAUACCAAGUAUCAGAUUCUAUGCAUAUUUCGUCUCCUGAAGAGGACCGAGCGAGCAAGUACUGUGGGGCCUACGAAAGGGACGCGGUGCUCGUCGCGGCGAAACGAAGCCGCCACGAAGAGCUCGUGUUCCACUGGGGCCGGGUAUAUUGGCGACUGGCUGGA